ACUUUUUACGAGAUAAGACAUGGACAUAGUUACAUACAUAUAAUGUAUGCAUAAUUUCCAUUUUUCAACAUACAUUGCGAGUGGUGCGGAGUGAGGGGCCAAAGUCAUACACAGUACUGGAAAGUCUCUGAUCACUUUUUUUUCAUCUGGAGUUUGAGGUGGUAUUGUUAUGCUGUUGGUUUCUUGCUGCUGCUUUUGAUGGCUUAUUCUGUACUGAGUUUGCUGAUUGCUGCUGCUGUCUGGUGCGCUGCUUAUACCUUGGUUGCUAUUAUUGGGGUCUUUCAAUUAUUUAGUUGCUUUUGUAGUCCUGUUGUGUAUUGAGAAGGUCAAGUGUCAAGGGAAUUAGCUACAACGGGUUACGACUUACGCGCAGCUAGUUAAUUGCUCCUGCUGGAAGCAGAAAGUCUACUUAUUGUGCAAGUUUGUAUCAACAUUGUGAAACUAGAGGACGAGCAGUUCAUAUAGUAAAUUUAGAUCCCGAAGCUGAAAAUUUUGACUAUCAAGUGGCUAUGGAUAUUAAGGAAAUUAUAUCUCUGGAUGAAGUUAUGGAAGAACGUAAACUGGGUCCUAAUGGGGCUCUUAUUUACUGCAUGGAACACCUCAAAGAAAGUUUGGAUGACAGGUUAAAAGAAGAGUUGGAUAACUUUACAGAUGAUGACUACAUCGUUUUUGAUUGUCCAGGUCAAAUUGAACUUUUUACUUAUGUCCCCGUGUUCAAGAACUUUGUGGAACAGUUAAAGCGCAAGAAUAUCAAUGUUUAUGUGGUUUGUUUGCUUGAUUCUCAGUUCAUGACAGAUGUUGCUAAGUUCAUGAGUGGCUGCAUGGCUUCGCUGUCUGCAAUGGUUCAGCUUGAACUGCCUCAUGUUAACAUCCUCUCCAAGAUGGACCUUGUGAGAAAUUAAAAGGAUUAAAAGGACACUGAAGACUUGUCGGUGGUUCCUUAACUUGUAUGGUGCCCAAGACUGCAUGAAGACCCAACCAAGGCCCAAAAUAAAGAAGAAAGAAACAAAAGACUCUGCAGAUAGAACAUGCUUAAUAGUUAAUACCAUUCACACAAUCUUAAGAUCUGCAUACAAAUGUAUGUCUGUGUGUAUAGAUUUAAACAAAGUUUACUUCUACUUUGUUCUUCGUGAAGUGUAGUUCAUGAUAGUUAAUAUUGGACGUAUUUCACUUGCAAGUUGUUUGAGCAAAUUUUCUUA